AUGUCAGCCGUGUUUACUAAGGGUUUUCGAUUUAACCCAACCGAUGAAGAACUGGUGACAGAGUACCUUACGCGGAAGAUACGUUCUCCGGAUUUCAUUUGCUUCAUCAAAACCAUGGAUUUGUAUGACCAUGACCCGUGGUUACUUCCGCAUGAGAGAGAUCCGUGUUUUGGUGAGCACCAGUGGUAUUAUUUUGUGCAAAAAAGCCCUAACGGUCACAAAAGACUCAUGAAGGAAAAGAGUUCAUUAGCAAACGGGUGGUGGAAGCGAUAUACAGAGGAAAUCGUUAAAGACGGUGACGAGGAGAGAAGGGUUAUUGGAUGGAAAUCAACACUCGUUUUCUACGUGUGUAACAGGAGUAACAAUUACGUGGGGAUCACGGAUUGGACAAUGGAGGAGUUCAAGCUUCCGGAUUCUGAUGAGUGGUUUCUUUGCCGUCUCUUUUACACAGAUUGGAAUGAGUAUUAUGACAGACCAAGGCUCUCCGGGAAAGAACAUCCAAGCCUUAAGUGGGAUGCGUUGAAGCAAAUACAAGAUGAUUUGAGUUCUAGUCAGAAUGUCCAACCACACUUGUUUACUUACGGAUUCCGAUUCAACCCGACAGAUAAAGAACUCCUCACUUUGUAUCUAGCACCAAAGACGCGUUGCUCUGGAUUUAUAUGCUUCAUAAAAGACACCAAGGUCUAUUCCAAGGAGCCGUGGUUGCUUGAUCAUGAAAGAAAUCCAUACUACAAGGAUAAGGAGUGGUAUUACUUUGUGAAAAACUCUUCGUCUAAUCGUGAACAACUGAACCAGAAGUUCUCAUUGUGUGAUAAGACGAAGAGAUGGAGAAGCAAUGGCGAAGUCUCAAAAAUCAGAGACAAUGACAUAGGUAACACCAUUAUCGGGUCAAAAACAAAGUUUUCGUUCAAUUUGAACCAAAGUGUAUUCUCAAGGACAGGCUGGAAAGUAGAAGAGUUUGACCUCGCUCCCCCUUCAAAAUGGUCAGUCUGCAAACUCACUUACAAAGAUGGUUCAAGCUCGGUUGAUGAUAGACCAAGACUACCAAGAGAAGAGCAUCCAAAGCUUGCAUGGCAAGAUUUGAAGGAUUUACACGAGGAAAAUUAG